GGGGAGAUUCAGGUGAAAGCUGGAAGAAGGCUGCCACAAAAACUUGAAGAGAUUCAUAUUUACCUUUGUGUAGAAACUCAAAACUAUUUUGCCUUUUUUCUAAGCUAGGUUUUAUCCUUUUUCCUUCAUUUGUAAGUUGCUUUGAGCCUAAGUUUUGGGGAAAAGUUGGGGAAUGGUUCAUGCUGGUGUUUGAGCCAGCUCUGCUGGAAACUAAUCACUCUAGCAAAGUGCCAGGAGACUUUUGAGAGCCCUCCUCUUGGAUUUUUUUUUGGAGUUCAGCUCCUAAAAGCCCAAGCCACCUAGCAAAUAGCCAUGAAUUCUGGGAGUUGUAGUCCAAAAGAGCUGGAGGGCUAUCAAUUGGGAACCACUGCCUUGAAGAAUCCCCUCAAUUCCUCAAUUGCCAUAUUUUGGGUCUUCUGAGUCAUUUUGGGCACAGGAAAUAUUUUUUUUAAAGUGACCUCAGGAAUGAUAAAAAUGGCCUUGAGGGAGGCGUGGCAUUUUAUCCAUUUGUCCAUCUGCAGUACUGUUGUCUGCUCAGAGUAGUAAUGCCAAAGAUUUCCUCCCAUUUUCUGCUCCUUCAUGCUUUGAAAACAUACUUUAGUUUCAAAUGUACAUGCUACAGUGUGACCUUAUCUAUAAAUGUGAUGUCCAUUCUUGCAUUUACGCAUUCUAUAGCUGCCUGAGAGAGGCAUACCAUCUCAUUUGUUUUUGGUGUGUGCUGCUUGCAUUAAAUGAAAGAUUCUACCUGCCCAGGUAAAGGAAAACCUGCUCAUCCAAAAGAUAGCCUUAUGUGAAUUCAGAGUAUGAAUAUCAACAAAGUGGUGGCCUGCUAUAAAACAGUCAAUUACUUUUAGUAUCUCUAGAUGCUUUGAUAUAGUGUGGAGAGUAAUUACAUAGCUUGUAUAAGCAACCAAAUCCCACCUUUUUGUAUCAGAACAGUUCAAACUGGCCACAUUCCUUUGAAGACAUUUGUUUCCUCAACAUGGAUCUCCCCCUUCACUCUUCUGAUUGGGCAUAUUUCCAAAUUGGCCCUUUUUUUGGCAUAACCUCAAUUCCUUUGUCUGCCCCGUGCUUUUUCUUUGCAAUAAAGGACAGGAAGCUGCUUCAGGGGUAAAGAUGUCUUAAUAAAGGACUUUAAUCCCCUUGAACGCAGAUGGACCUUGUUAAGGUUACUUUGUUGCUCAUUAAGAAACUUGAGCUGGUAACUGUUUUGCGGGGUGAGGGAGAGCAUUGGAGUUGUGAAGUCAUCACUUUGAGAUAGCAAACAAAGGAGCUUGGAUGUUUCCAUUGAUGGUGGGGCUAAUGAGUUCGUAAGAUCACCUGAUGAAUCAUGCACACCACAAAGGCAUGACGCCAAUGCUGGAGCAGCUGAAUUAGUCUCCAGCAGUUUCCUGAGCAUCGCACGCAGAUUUCACUGAGGAAGAAGGCUCCUUGAUUUUUAGCAGGCACUGAGAGUAGCCUCAGGAGGAAGAAUUCUGCGUGACAAACAACCAAUGGAAUAAUUAGACCAGACACCAAAUAUGGACAACUUUAUUCAUUGUCACCUAUUUUAAAGGAGGCCCGCCCAGGAAAAUUCUCCAUGAAUGUACGUCACAAUGAUGAUGACCGACCAAAUCCCACUGGAGUUGCCAUCAUUGCUGAACGGGGAGGUAGCCAUGAUGCCUCACUUAGUCAAUGGAGACGGGACGCAGCAGGUCAUUUUUGUUCAAGUCAAUCCAGGUGAAACUUUUACAAUAAGGGCUGAAGAUGGAACUCUUCAGUGCAUUCAAGGACCUGCAGAAGUUCCCAUGAUGUCCCCCAAUGGAUCUAUUCCUCCUAUACAUGUGCCUCCAGGUUAUAUAUCACAGGUAAUAGAAGACAAUACAGGCGUCCGCAGAGUGGUAGUCACACCACAGUCUCCAGAAUGUUACCCUCCCAGCUAUCCUUCCGCCAUUUCUCCAACUCACCACUUACCACCAUACCUUACCCAUCAUCCCCAUUUUAUUCACAACUCUCAUACGGCCUUCUAUCCACCUGUUACUGGGCCUGGAGACAUGCCGCCCCAGUUUUUCCCACAGCAUCAUCUCCCCACCACAAUCUACGGAGAGCAAGAAAUCAUAUAUGGAAUGUCCAGUUACAUAACCAGGGAAGAUCAAUACAGCAAACCACAGCACAAGAAAAUUAAGGACAGACAGAUUGAUCGUCAAAACCGUUUAAAUAGCCCUCCUUCGUCCAUCUACAAGAGCCAUCUGGGAAACUGCACAACAGUAUACAAUGGUACCAUCAAGGCUUAUAAUGGAGCUGCAAAUGGUGGAGGCAGCGGUGGAAUCGGAGGAGGCGGAGUGCCGGCUAUGAAAAAAACAGAACGCAGAGCAAGAAGCAGCCCCAAAUCAAAUGAGCAGGAUGCACAUGAAUGUGACACAGAAACAAAAAGAGUUCAAGACGUUCUUUCUGGAAUUGAGAAGCCACAGGUUUCAAAUAUUCAAGCAAGAACAGUUUUGCUCACCUGGUCACCUCCGAAUGGCCUUUUAAGUGGAGAUAGACACAGCAAUGGUUUGCCUUAUUCCUGUACUUACGAAGUUGCCUUAUCAGACAAAGGGAGGGAUGGAAAGUACAAAAUGAUUUACAGUGGAGAAGAAUUAGAAUAUAAACUGAAAGACCUUCGGCCAGCAACAGAAUAUUAUGUCAGGGUAUAUGCAGUGUACAAUUCAGUAAAGGGAUCUUGUUCAGAACCUGUCAGCUUUACAACUCACAGUUGUGCUCCAGAUUGCCCAUUCCCACCCAAACCAUCGCACCGGACCAAAAAUUCCUUGACGUUGCAGUGGAAGGCCCCAGCUGAUAAUGGUUCAAAAAUCACCAGCUACCGUUUAGAGUGGGAUGAGGGAAAAAGAAGCAAUGUCUUCAGAGAAUGUUACGAUGGGAGCCAGAAGCAUUACAAAGUGACGAAGCUCUGUCCGGCUGUGGGCUACACGUUCCGAUUAGCAGCUCGGAAUGACAUGGGCAUUAGUGGCCUUAGCCAAGAAGUUGUAUGUUACACAUCAGGAAAUAUUCCUCAAACCCCUUCUGCACCAAGGCUUGUCCGAGCAGGAAUCACAUGGAUCACCCUGCAGUGGAAUAAAGCAGAGGGCUGCACACCAGAAGAAGUCAUUACCUACACCUUGGAGAUUCAGGAGGAUGACAAUGAUAGUGUGUUUCAUCCAAAGUUCACUGGAGAAGACCAAACCUGUACUGUGAAAAAUCUUAAAAGAAGCACACAAUAUAAAUUUAGGCUAAUUGCUUCCAACGUAGAAGGGAAAAGUAGUCCCAGUGAUGUCUUGGUCUGUACCACAAGCCCCGACAGGCCAGGGCCACCCACCAGGCUUGUUGUGAACGGGCCAAUAACAUCUCAUGGCUUCAGUGUGAAAUGGGAGCCUCCUGAGGAUAAUGGUGGUUCAGAAAUCCUAAAUUAUCUGUUAGAAAUUUCGGAAGGAAGCUCUGAAGCAAAUCAAUGGGCCGUGGCCUACAGAGGAUCUGCUACCGAAUGUGCAUGUACAUACUUGAAACCAGGCACUUUGUAUAAGCUCCGGGCAUGCUGUAUUAGCACAGGUGGACACAGUCAGUGUUCUGAAAAUUUACUUGUCCGUACACUAAGCAUUGCACCAGACCAGUGCCAACCACCCAGAGUACUUGGGAAACCAAAGCAUAAAGAAGUGCAGCUGCAAUGGGAUGCCCCUCCUGUGACAGAAAAUAGUCAUCAUAUCUCUGCAUAUAGUGUAGAAAUGACUGAACCUGAAGAAGUGAUUUCAGAAGUUUAUCAUGGCCCUGAUCUCGAAUGCACUGUGAGCAAUCUUCUUCCUGGAACAACGUAUCAGUUCAGAGUGAGAGCUCUGAAUGAUGGAGGGUAUGGGACUUACUCUGAAGCCACAAACGUCACAACCACCGCUGGGCCUCCUGUGCAGUGCAAAGCUCCUUGCCUCACCUUCCUCUCUGAAACAAGUGUACUUGCUACCUGGGAGAAUCCUGAGAGUUUUGGUGCUGACAUCUCAGAAUACAGACUGGAGUGGGGGGAAGAUGAAGAGUCCUUAGAACUGGUGUACAGUGGUACAGGCAACUCCUUUGAAAUCAGCCAGCUUUCGGCAGCAGCACACUAUUUCUGUAGACUACAGGCAAUAAACCAGGCAGGGGCAGGACCUUACAGUGACCUUGUCACCUGCAGAGCUCCAGCGUCCAUUCCUGAUGCUGUGACCACCCUCUACAUAUCAGACGAUGAGCACUUGGAUACUGAUCCACUAUCACCCUUUGUGUGCCUUGUUUUGAACUGGGAAGAACCGUGCAAUAAUGGGUCUGAGAUUACUUCUUACAACAUUGACAUUGGUGAUAUUAUCAUGCCAGUGGGUAAUGUCACGAGUUAUGUCAUCAGUGACCUGCUUCCUGAAACCACAUUCCGGAUCCGGAUUCAGGCUGUCAAUGAGAUUGGAGCAGGUCCUUUUAGCCACUCCAUUAAGGCAAAGACCAGGCCGUUGCCACCUUUACCUCCUCGGCUGGAGUGUACUGCAGCAGGUCCUCAGAGCCUGAAGCUGAAGUGGGGGGAGAGCAGCUCCAAGCAGCAUACUGCUGAUGAUAUGGUGUACAUCCUGCAGAUAGAGGACAGGAACAAGAGGUUCACUCCAAUCUAUAGGGGACCAAGUCACACCUACAAGGUACAACGGCUGAUGGAAUUUACCUGCUAUGCUUUUAGAAUACAAGCAGUAAAUGAUGCUGGUGAAGGACCUUUCUCAGAAGUGUUUACCUUCAGCACAACCAAAUCCAUUCCCCCUGUCAUCAAAGCACCUCGAGUAAAAGCGUUGGAAGGAAAUGCCUGUGAAAUUGCAUGGGAGACUGUACUCCCCAUGAAAGGAGACCCGGUCAGUUACAUUCUGCAGAUACUGGUUGGAAGAGAAUCUGAGUAUAAACAGGUGUACAAGGGAGAGGAGACAACGUUCCAAAUCUCAGGCCUUCAAACCAACACAGACUAUAGAUUCCGCGUGUGUGUUUGCCGCCGGUGCUUGGAUACCUCACAAGAACUUAACGGACCUUUCAGCCCAUCUGUUGCCUUUAUGCUCCAGCGAAGCGAGCUCAUGCUUACAGGAGAAAUGGGAAGGAUAGAUGACCCUAAGACAAAAAGUAUGAUGCCUUCUGAUGAACAGUUUGCAGCCCUCCUUGUUCUUGGCUUUGCAACUGUCUCCAUAUUAUUUGCCUUUAUACUACAGUAUUUGUUUAUGAAGUAAAGAGUCCCAACGCAAGCGUUUGAGAUACCAUUUUUAACUAAUGCUACGCAUUAUAAUCCAUGAGUUUUAUUCAGAUAUUCCUUUUUAUUUCCUUUUUUCCAGUGGCAUUUUCCUGUACAUUUUAUACAUUUUUCCUGAUUAUUAUGGGGUCAGGGUUGGGGUUGGAAAGGGAUAGUCCUAUUUAGCAAAGUAAGUAUCAAUGUUCAGGUGCAUCAUUUUGAAAAUUCAAGACUAGAAAGUGGCCAGAGCUAUCCAAGCCAGAUACCAAAAGAAAAUAUAUUGCCUUUGAUUUUGCUUUUUGCUUUUUUUCUUUUAAAAAUUUAAUCUGUUUAGUAUUGAUUGAUUCCUCUCCCUUCCAAUUCAGAAAUGUAAUCAGUUUGCCUUCAUAUUUUUUUUUUGUUGCUAAAAUAUUGGCAGUUUUUAAAUUGCAAGUUUGUUACCUUUAGAAUAUGCUUUUGGAUCUUAUGCAUCUGCAAGUGUUAACCACCAGUAUAUAAGUCUGUUGCAGCUAGAAUGUGAUGUUCGCAAUACAAGGUGUAAAAUGGACAAUAAUUAUCCACAUUAUGUAGGAUGGUAUUCGCCUUGAAUGGAAUCCUGUAUCAACUGGUUAGUUACUGAUAUUGAACUAAGUAACUUCUCUUGGCCUGGUGGAAAGAUCAUUAAUCCAGACUCCUGUCUCGAGAAGAAUGGUUCUCGUACUUUCUAUGCAGCCAAUACCCAGUAAAGUGGAUUUGGGGGAAAGAGUUGUGAUUGUGGAUAAUAGUGUCACAACCAUGACUAAAGGCACAUCUACACUGGACAUUUAAGCCAGUGCAAAACCAGCAGAGGAGGAAGCUAUUUCAGCGUAUGGAAGCCAAACCUGGAACCCAUUUGAGACCUGGAUAGUGCUUAUAUACACUGCAAAUUCUGGCCUCGAACCAGCUACAGAAUCUCCUGAAUCCAUGGCUUCACUGGGGGAUUCAGGAUUUAUUUUUUAACUCCCCUUGUCCCAUUGCACAUGUGUAGAUUGCAAAAACCUUAAUCGGUUCUGCCAUGCAAUAUGGCUUACAUUAAAGCACACUAAUGCACAUUAUGAUCUUUAUGUUCCCUUGACCUAGCUUAUCCCCCUCACUUUGCUUAUGCAUGCAAAGUGAUCAUACCGUGUAGAUGUAGCCUAAGUAGUGAAUAUGAAACCAUUAAGGAUGAAUACAUCUAAGUAAUUGUUUCAUAUUCAAAAUAACUUGUUAAUCGUAACUGUGAUACUAUUGUCACGAUCCUACUCUCCCACCUCUCUUCAUGGAGAGAAAGAGGACCAUUCUGUUGGCAACUGGAGAUAAGUGAAUUAUAUUUACUUCAGAUCUGAGGAGUCAAGUCCUCAAUUCAAGAGAUUACUUAGGUCAUUAGCACACUAUACUGUUAUAGCACUAUAUUCUACUUUAGCUGCAAUAGUAAUAUUCUGUGAAAUUCUGGAGUUUUUGGUCUGACGAGGCAUGUAAACUCUCUCACUGAGCAUGCUAAACGCCUGUCUCUAAACUGCAAAUCUAUUGCAUGUUGCCAUGACAGCUAAAGUGGAAUAUAGUGUGACUACAGCAUGGUGUUAUUAGCACAUUACUUCAGAUGCUGAAACUAAGUUGUUGAUACACAAUUCCAGGCUAUAUGUUUGCUCCCUCCCCCAACUCUCCCCUGUUCGGGAUUCUCCAUGAUAAAUAAUUUUAAAUUCUGCUACAUAUUCAACUAUAUAUUUAGCACAUUACAAUCCAAAUAAUUUUAUCCUGCGAGCUGAAGACUUUUUAAAAAUAUAUUAUUUUCUCUAUCCCAACUGUUUGCACAGUAUGAAUUGCCUGUAUAGCGAAUCUGACAAUUAGAUAGCUUUAGAAAUGAUAAAACAUUACAGUUUCUACCAUUUUCUUUAUUUUAUAGUCGUAAUUUUAAGAGGGCAUUGUGCAAUAGUUACUCCCAUGUCCAGCUGUUCUUUUUUUAAAAAAGCUGCUUUUAACUUGUUUGUUUGCCUUUGUAUAUAAACUUACUCUUAAUCCAAUCACUAGAUUUGUUAUAUUCAUCUUGAUUUAUAUGUUUAGAACUGGUGAAAGCUUGCUGCCUUUGCUAUUUAUAUUAAUUAUUCCUUUUUUUGACAUAAGUAAUCUUUCAGUCAGCCACUUAAGGGGAAGAAAGAAGUGCAUUUUAUUUCAGUCUUAGGAAAACCAGGAAGAGUUAAUUUGAAGCAGGACUAGAUGUUGCAGAGGACAUGUGGCUGCUACUGACAAUAGGGCCACAGCUUGUAUCUUCUCUAGAAGUUGGGGAAAGUUGUUAUUUUGGAGUAUAACUUUCAGAGUCUGUUAGUCAACUUGUCUACCAUGGUAACUAGGGGAUUCUGAGAACCACAGUCUAAGAAACAAACUUUCCAAGUUCGGCCCUUUUUCUUCUUCACCUGUCCUGACACGCAUCCCAAUACAUAUGGCAUGACAUCAAUCCAUGAUAGGCUUUCUCUCAUCUUGUUCAUUUUGAGUGUCUGUUACUUAUAAUACUGGAGAUAGGACUUCACUUUGUGUCCUCUUGUAGCAGACAUUGCAGAUGAAGAGGUGUGUCAGUGUUGAUUUUCAACCAUGCGUGCUAUCUAUCAUUGGCUCCAGUCUUAAGCUGGUGUUCUUAUCAACAGCUUAUAUGAUCCACUACCAAUACAGUUACAGUACGACCCCUAUAUCCAUGGAUUUGAUAUGCAUGGUUUCACUUAUACACACUGGCCUUCUCUAGGUUCUCAGUGUCCUUCUAUGGUAUAGUUCCACAUCAACUAUAAUCAAAUUAUAAACUUCAUUGUUCUCCAUGAUUUCAAGUAUCCACAGGGGGAUCUCGGAAGAUAUCCCCCAUGGAUACUGGGGUCGUACUGUACAGUUUUUCCGUAACAACAUUGUGUUCAUUUUUUUUUACAUCAGUGGCCUAAACAUGCUUGUUAGUGCAGUCCAUUAAAAUCCUUGGGAUUUUUUUUUAAACUUUGAUUCAUUGGAUUAUUUAUAAUGUCAACAAUGUUCAAGUGCCUCAGGGAUAUUGAUGAGCAGGAGGUGCAAAGAGUGCAACAGACACGGGUUGUAGUCCACCAGGAACUUCCCGUUUGCUCGCACUAUUGCAGUAAACCAGAUCCCUCUGCAACUCCACCUUAAUUUCCACAGAGUCUAGAUAUACAGAGAAACUACCAUUGUGCACCUGCUUGUAAAGCCUUGCACACAAUGGAGGUUCUUGUAAAAUUGCGCUCCACAUUUGGUAUAUCCCUGCUUUUUUAAACAACACAAAAAUAAACAUUUUGUAUAUUUGUGCAUUUAUUUUUUCUUUAUUUCUUUCUUUUAAGGAUUUUCUUUGCAUCAUAGCUCUUUUGUCCUCUGUGUUUGCUAUGAUACAGUGUCCUGUAUGCUACCAUAUAUUCCCAUAACCAAAGUAAUGGGGCAACCAACAUUAUUUUUUGUUUUAGGUUUAUUUAUACUAUAUACUGCAUACUGUACUUUAAAUGCCAAUUACAGUGCAAUUUUAUUUAUUGUAAAAACAAAAAAAUAAAAAAUAAAAAGUGUACUUAUGUACUAAAUUUUCCCCUUCUCUUGUAGCAUGUUAUAUUUCUGUUUGGUUCUGUUUUAUACAAGUGUAAUUUAGUUAAAAUGUUUUUAUUCCCCAGCUGCAUUCCUAGAAUUAUUAAUCUUCUUACGGUUUUCUUGUAUGUUUAAAAAUGGGAGAGUCUAAGUGUAUUAACUGCCAAAAAAUAAAUGCUGUUUUUUUUAAAAAAACAAAGAAGAAACAAAACCACCCAACAUUGGCAUCAUCAGCCAAGCAUUAUCCUGGGUUAUGCCCAUUAAGUCUAUGGGUUUUGUCUAUCAAUAGAGCUUGUCAACUUGUGCUCUUGACCAAUAAGUUUACAUGUAGCCAAAAAAAAUCAUUAUCAUCUCUUGGAAGCAUAUUCUAAGAUGGGUGAACUAUUCUGUGUGCCUCUCUAGAUGUAGCAAACUAGUACAAAGGUUCUGUAUUGUUACUAAUCAUCCUUAGUUUAUGAAUAUAAACCUCUUUCUUCCUCCCCUUCUUCCAUGGGCCAGCCAUGGUCUAUCAGAUGUUGCUAGUGGUGUCAUAUUGAUGAAACAUUGAUGAUCCGGAACAUUAACGUUUCAAAAAGGUUAUUUUGGUGGGGGAACAUUCAUCCAAAACUAGCCCUAUUUUAAAAAAGAGUUUGUUGUACUUAAAUUUCAUUGAUGAGUGUUUGGUCCAACUGACUUCCUUGCCAUCCAGACCAAUAUGUUUUGAGAACUGAUCACUACAAAAACCUCCCAUUUAUAGAGAUCCUUUCCUGAUGGAAGUUUGUUGUACUUAAAUCUCAUUGAUGAGUGUUUGGUCCAACUGACUUCCUUGCCAUCCAGACCAUGUUUUGAGAGCUGAUCACUGCAAAAACCUCCCAUUUAUAGAGAUCCUUUCCUGAUGAAAACUGCUACUUAAUAAUUUUUAUUAUAAAAAAUUUAGAUGUAGACAUUUCAGGGUGGAUCCAGACUAAGUUUAGUGAUGUUUUGAUACUAUGGAAAUUACUGUAUAUACUCAUGUAUAAGUUGACCUCAUAUAUAAGUUGAGAACAGGUUUUAGGACCAAAAUCAUGGAUUUUGAUAUGACUUGUGGGUAAGUUGAGGGUCAUUUCACAGAGAGAGGAAACAUCAAUGCUGCCUCUGGAUCAACCACCCCCAGCCACCAUAGCCAUUUCCUACCCAGGCAUGGCACCAUGGCAAAGAAGGUUUCAGUGCUUCUGUCAGAUUCUCCCAGGAUGAAAUCACGCCUUUUGCUACUCUACUCAGAGAAAGGGACAGCUUCCUUUUUUGCCAGGGUACAGAACUCACCCUGGCCUCUGAGCUGAUGAUUUGACUAAAAUUUCUACAUGAGUAUAUAGCGUAAUAAUAUUUAGGUUUAGUGCGACUUGCUUUUCCCAUUUAUUUCAAUGGGACUAAAGUGUGAUGAUGGCAAUGCAAGCUUCCCAUAGCAUGGGUGGAGGCUUCUGUUGCACAGAUGCAGCAUGUCCUAAACCAUGACUCUUGAGGUUGAGUGGUGAGAAUAGCUUAUGUCCCUUCCCAUUUUUCCUCCAAUGGAAAAAAGGUUUGGGAACUUUUGGAUAACGAGAGAUUCUAGGGUCGAAAUGGUGGGUCACCAGGAGGCUUGCAGUCUGGCUAAUGUUGAUGUCAUUGUUGGCAGAGCAAUGCCAGGAGAGCAGCCACAUUGGGAGAAGAACGUGUGCCAUUCUCCAGCAGAAGGCCUCCUUCCCCUUGGCUAAACAUCCUUCUCUUUGGCCAUCACUUCUUCUCUGCUGGCAGAGGAGAAGGUCCAUAGCAUCUAGUGUCCCUUCCUUCAGGCUUGGAAGAGAACAUAUUGUUCUCUUUGAAUGAAUCCAUGGGUCUGAAUGUUUAAACUAGAAGACACCAACCUGUGAUCUUCCAGAUGUCUAAGACUGCAAUUCCUAUCAGCUCUAUCUUCCAUUACCAAUGGUAAGAGAUGAUAGGCCUUACAAUUCAACAGUAUCUGGAGGGCCAGGUGUUUCCUACUCCUCAUUUAAAUAUGUGCAGUAGUUUCACUUGAGAUGAAGAGUAAAGUCUGUAACACUUACUUAUCAAGAAGAUUUUCCAAAAUUGAUUUAUUGUAUUUUCAGAAAGAAAGUAUUUUCUUCUUUGCAGUUUCAGAACCAAAUGUUCCCUGAUGCACUUACCACCACUGCUAUUAGAUACAAAUAUCUCAAUAUGACAUCAAUAGUCAUCUUGCACACACUGCCAUUUUUGACGUAGCUGUUCCCUAGAAUUAACUUCUAUCACAGCCAUAAAAUACAAGCGUUACAAAUUCAAACCAUUCCUGUUUCUAGUUCCAUAAACGGCAGAUCCAAACGUUUUGCUGGUUUUGUUGUAUUUCCCUGUAUGUCUUUCGUAACCUGAUCAAGAUCAGCUCUGUACGACCAGCCUUCCCUUCCCCUGCCCUCAAUCGUGCGUAGACUAUAAAGAAAUUGUAAAAAUAAAAAGUAGGGAAAUAUUUUAAGAAACUAUUUAAAAGGAAAAGAAACAUUUUUAUAUUAUCUGCCUUCAUCCUUUAUGAACUUGAAAUGUUGUAGUUUUCUAAUCCUGUUUUGUCAGCAACAGUAAAUCAGUAUUCACUGUUAUGAUGGAAAAGUGCCCUAAACUGAAUGUUUCUGAACGUUUUCCUUGCACAAUUCUUUAAAUUGAAAUAAAAUGAAAUAAAAGGUUGUGUUUUUUCGUUUGCUUGUUUGUUUUACCUCACUUAUAGGACAUACAUUCCAAGCUUUUCAACUUUGAGAGAAAUAAUCAUAAAUUUUCUUGUAUUGUAAAUUUUAACUAUUUCAUAUGCAUUCUAUUAAAACUGCCAUAUCAAUUUUAAUGUAUAGUUUUUCCCAAAUAUUAUGCUAUGUAUGUAACUGUAUCUGUAGUGUAUAUGUAAUAUAUUUAUGCCCAAUAAAUGUUUUAAUUCUUUA